CAUCCCCCACCGCCACCGCGCCACGACCCACCACAGCAAGCAAGGAGUCACGCGACAUGUCUCAGGCCGUGGACGAGAGACUCUCAACAGGAGUGGGAAAGGCGGCACGGAACAGGAUUCAGUUCACCCAGGCGGCUAAGAGCAAUGCGCUGUUCGACCCGAGGAGCGCUGGCUACACGGUAGUCAAUGGCAAGCCAUCGUCAUCAUCAGCAUCGUCAUCAGCAUCAAGCAAGAAGAGCAAGUCCAAGAAGAACAAGGACAAGUCUAGGAAGGACAAGAACAAGUCAAAGACGAACAAGAACAAAGAACUGUCAGUCGCGGACAACUUGCUGUUGGAGCAGAGUCAGGCUGGAAGUGACAGUCGCUGGUCGGGCCACGCCUCAAGGGCUGGCGAGAGCGGGGGAAGCGGAAGCGGAAGCGGAAGCGGAAGCACAAGUCGAAGGAUCGGAGUGGCAUCGAUGCAGGAUUCGAUCCGUCUCAGUUCUCCUUCAACAUGCUGUCCGGCCGGCGGCAGCUGGUCAUCGAAGAGUCGUCGGGCGAGGAGAGUGGGGAAGAGAUGACGAGCUCGGCUGUGGCUAUGGUGAUGAGCGGCGAGUCAGGUGCGUCGUCGUCAUCGUCAGAGCCGCUCUUUGCCGAGGGCAGCGAGUACAUUGUGCCGCGAUCGGAGCUUGAGCUCGAGUGGCACGAGAAGCUGAGCCGCUCGGGCGUGAGGACCGGCCUGGUCAACUUUGGCGUGACGUGCUACAUGAACUCGACGCUGCAGUGUCUCACGUAUCUGCCUGCCUUUUCGCAGUACCUCGUCAUGGGCGCGCACCCGCGGGAGGAGGAGUGCCCGAUCCGCGACUUUUGCCUUGCCUGCCAGAUGCGGACGGUGGUGGGCAACAUGCUCUUGGGCAAGAAGGCGGUGUACUCGCCCAAGUCGCUUCACCGCAACCUACGGCACAUCGGACGGGUCUUCCACAAGCACCGGCAGGAAGACUCGCACGAGUUCCUGCGGUUUGUAGUGGACAAGCUCUCGGACGUGGACAUCGAGACGGCGGCGGCGAGGCGCCGACAGCGGCCGACAGGCCCGGCGGUGGAGACGACCGGCAUGCACGCCAUCUUUGGUGGCCAUCUGCAGUCGUCGGUCAAGUGCCCACAGUGCAAGCGCCUGAGCGUGACCAAGGAGCCGUACCUUGACAUCUCGCUCCACAUUGCCGGCUGCCGGUCGCUAGAGUCUGCGCUGAAGCAGUUCACCCGGCCAGAGACCCUCGACGCGCACAACAAGUACUAUUGCGGUAAGUGCACCAAGUCGGUCCGCGCCGUCAAGACCCUCCAGCUGCUCAACACUCCGCCGGUCCUCGUCUGCCACCUCAAGCGCUUCCGCGGGAUGCGCAAGAACGCCGACCACAUCGCCUUUCCGCCCAAGCUCUCGCUUGACGCCUUUAUGGUCAACUCUCCGCCGGUCCCGCCGUCGGAGCUCCCGCGCUACAAGCAGUACUCGCUCGCCGGCGUCGUCGUCCACCACGGCCACACCAUCUCGUCCGGCCACUACGUGGCCUACGUCCGCGCGCCCAACGGGUCGUGGUUCCUCUGUAAUGACCGCUCCGUCAAACAGGUCUCUAUCAAGACGGUCCUCGCCCAGCAGGCGUACAUCCUCUUUUACACCGCCACCGAGGCCGAGCGCCUUUCGCCGGCCGUCAUCGACGCCGUCACCGCCGCCACCCACAAGCGCCGCGCCAAGGCCGCACGCCACGCCGCCCGUCGCGCCUCCGCCCGCACCCUUCCGCGCUCCUCCUCGCACAAGUCAGCCAAGGCUAAGACCCCCGCUGUCCAGCAGAAGCGCAAGCUCUCGCGCAAGGAGCGGCGCGCCGCCAAGAAGGCCGCCAAGAAGGCUGCCAAGCAGCAGGCGGACAUGGCCCUUGCCUAUCGCGCCCUCGAGGCCGAGAAGGAGCGCCGCGCCCUCGCUGCUGCGACCGCCGUUGCUGCAAAGUCCGCUGCGGCCGCUGCCUCCGACUCGGGCUUUGACUCGUCCGACGCCGGAGCGAGCCCACGCAAGCGUCGGCGCGGCAUGAAGAGCUGGAUCGUCACCGACUCACCGACCCCGUCGGCCGUUGGCAUGGGCGUCAAGAUCGACCGCGCCAAGGCGAGACCGGCCAUCAAGCGUCUGCAGGAGCGCCGGCGCCGCAAGGAGGAGCAGGCCCGGCAACAGCAGCAGCUUGACACGACGGCAGACUCGGGCUCAGAGUCGUCGGGCGAGCCACCGGUGAGGCACCAGCCAUCGCCGUCGCCGCCCAAGACACCCAAGACGCCCAAGACGCACGAGCUGCCGGAUCCCGUCCCUGUCACCACUCCCAAGAGCAGCCGCAAGGGCAAGCGGUCGGCGCCGCGAGGUGAGGCUGUGGUCAUCGCAUGGGACGAAGCCCGCCGCGCCGAAGAAGAGGCGCCAGAUGAGAGCGCGAGCAAGGCCAAGCUUCAUCGCAAGCCCGAGAUGCAGUUUGCGUGGGAUGCCCAGGGCUGGGAGGACGACGAGGCGUCGCAAGCCAUGGCUCGUGAGGUCAACCGCCUCAAGCUCCAGGCCGAGCGCGACAUGCUCAAGAAGCGCAAGCGGUCCAAGGACGACGACCUCUACGACAUGGGCAAGAAGCGAAAGGUGAAGAAGGACAAGGGCUCGGCCACCGCGUCGGCCAUCGGCGCCGGCAAGCGCGAGAAUGCCUUCCAGCGCGUCGCCAACGAGAAAAACGCCAGGCGCAAGGUCUCCGGCCUCAAGCCCGAGCGCUCCAAGAAGUCGCGCGCCCAGAACGCCUACGACAAGAAGUCGACUCGCCGCAUGCGUGACAAGGAGCGCCGCUCACAGAAGCGCGCUCUAGCCAAGGCCUAGUUGUAAACCCGGCUUGCAGCCGAUCACUACCAG